GACUUCAACUGUAUAUAUUUGUAGUAUUUAUUUGUCAAAUUUGUUUAUAAUUUUAUGUUUUUAAAUAUUGAGAAUGAGAACAACCUAAACUCGCUACUUCUGAAGUAUUUGUAUUUUCUAAAUAGAAGCUUUUAGCCUAACAAAACUAUUAAAGCUGUAGGUUCAAUUGGUCUGAGGACAAUAACAGGGUUUGUACAUUUGUAAAGUGUUUUUAAUAAAGAACAAUCUGAGAACCAAACGAAUGACAGAACAACUCCCAGAAAUCAACCUUCAGUCCAUUUGAGAUAUUUUUGGGAUGAAAUGCGUCUUAUUCACUGCAUUUGUUUAUAUUUCAGGGACGGAUAAUGUAGAUUUCUGGUAGAAUGGCCCUAAGUUUAGCAGCUUUUAAUCAACAAAUAUCCAUUCCGGUAAGAUUGGUGACCUCUCUUGUUUAUAGAAUUGUUGUCUCUCUGCACACAUUUUGGGACUAAAAACUUCGUCUCGCCAUGAUGACGUCAUCAUCAGCGCGCGUUCCCGUAUCUGUUUUCUGGGGCGAGUCGAGGUGAGUUUUACAGUUAUAUUUUUUCUUCGUAUUUACCAGAAUGUUAACUGCACUGAGCACAGUUUACACGCAGCGGUGUACAAACUAUCCAGAUAUCAAACUGACACAAUUUCAGCCUAACAUUGACGUCGCUUCAAACUGGUUUUGCCCACCGGAGUAAUGUUGAAUCAACGUCAGAGAUGUCAUUCAGAAGUAACGUCAAAUCGACGCGGUUUACUUGACCAACGGUUUGCCCCUCCUCCUCCAGUUCAGCUAUAAAUACUGGAGUAUUCCCAUUAGUCUACAAGUGAAGACGAGCAUCAGGGUGAAGUGAAGUCUGAAAGACAGAGUUUAUUGAAGGACAGUGAGAAGAUGAGUGAUCCAGAACCCUGCAGAAUUAAACAGGAAGAGACUGAAGAACUAAUAGAUCUGAUGUUGGACAACGAGGAGAAACUUGAUCAUGACAGGACCUGUUUGACCUGCACCGAGUGCGGAAAGAGUUUCACAUGCAAGCGGAGUCUGGUGGUUCACAUGAACAUCCACACCGGAGAGAAACCGCACACGUGUGGUCAGUGUGGGAAGAGUUUCCGACAAUCAUCGUCUCUUUAUCAGCACAUGAGGAUCCACAAUGGACAGAAACCCUUCGUCUGUGAUCAGUGUGGGAAGAGUUUCAGACAGUCGCCGCACCUUAAACGACACAUGAUGAUCCACACGGGAGAGAAACCACACAAGUGUGACCACUGCAGCAAAACAUUUUUGAGGGGUUCAGAUCUGAGGGUCCAUUUUAGAGUUCACACUAAAGAGAAGCCGUACUCGUGUUCCUUGUGUGGAAAUAGUUUUACAUAUCUACAGAAUUUAAGAAAGCACCAGAUAAUUCACACUGGUGUGAAGGAGUAUGUGUGCUUAGAGUGCAAGAAGACUUUUUUUACAGCAGGACAUUUGAAGCUGCACCAGAGGACUCACACCGGAGAGAAGCCGUAUGAGUGUUCACACUGUGGCAGGAGAUUCAAUCAGUCUGGACAUCUGAAAACACAUGAGAGGAUUCACACUGGCGAGAAACUGUACUAAUGACACUGGACUUGUGUGUAUUGGUUUGAUUCACAAUUUUAGGGUCAUGGUUUUAGUAUAUGAUAAUAAUAAUAAUAAUAACUUACAUUUAUUUAUUGCUUUUCUAGGCGCUUUACAGGUUUUUACCAGGUUAUUGGUGGAGAGGAGAUCGAGUGAUGAAGUCAAUUAGGAUAUGGGGUUGGUUAGAAGGCCCGGUUAAGAGACCAGGGACACACCCCUACUCUUUUCGAAGGACAUCUAGGAUUUUUAAUGACCACAGAGAGUCAGGACCUUGGUGCUCACUGACAGCAUAGUGACCCCAUCACUAUACUGGGGCAUUAGGUCCCACACAGACUGCAACCAUGUAAGAGCUGCAGAGAAAUUAAGAGAAGUUCAGCACAAAUAAAUUAUAGUGUCAAAUAAAGAUACAGAAAAACAAUACAUUUACAAGAUAAAGUACCAAUGAAUACAAUAUAGUAAAGAUAGUGAUUAAAAUGAACAGUGCUUUUCAGAUUAAAGUAUCUAACAGGAGUUUUCCGGUAAAUAAACUGACUGAUAUAAUCAAAUAUAACAUUUCAUAUAGACUUCACUGUGUAAAUUGAAUUGUUUAAACAUUAUUGAAGUUAAAAGAUAUUCAGUCAUUAUCAUACAGUCAUAGCCAUUAUUCAUGCUUUAUCUUCUGCUGUUUGAUUUGCAUCAAAAGCUGUGAUGUCGUGCUAUUAAAACAGCAGCAUCUUGAAAAUGGCAGGACAUCGAGUCAAGUACGCGAUAUGAUUGGUCGGAUUUGAUGAGCACUUAUAAAUACAUUUUAGUGGCAGUGAUGGACUGAAAGCUUUGAAUGCUAAUAUUUUCUAUUUGCAUUUGUGUCAAAACCUGGAUUAUAAUAACAGUUUGAAUGACUGGUCAUACACGCAGCACUUAUUUUAAUAUAGUCCACUGCUCCAGGUCUGUUCAAGGUGUGUGUGUCUGUGUGUGCUCAGUUUUCACUACUGUGUGUUGUGCAUUUGGAUGGGUAGAACUGUGGCACAAUUUUCACUUGGUUACUUUCACUUUCGCUUUACAACACUUGUGUUGGGUAGCUAGAAUGCAUGUCCAUCAAAUGAAACAUGCUUUAGCUGAACUCUCUUUUACACUUUGAUAUAUUUGAGACGCAUUGUUAGAUUCAUUAUGAACUGUGGGUCAAGCCAGUACAGAUCCAGAGGUGGAGAAUGUUAGGACUAUGGUUCUGUUUAUUUACCAGGUAACAUUACACUCUUUAUUCAUU